AUGUCAUCACAGAGAGAGGACGAUCUGAUCCAUACAUUCAAUGGCAUAACUUUUACCAUGAGAUCAUCGCCUGAGCUUUUAAAAUCCCUGAACACAUUUGACGCUAGAGAAGAUGACGUCCUUUUGGUUUCCUAUCCAAAGUCUGGCACUCACUGGCUUGCUGAAAUCAUCAUGCACCUCUAUGCAUCCAAAGUGGCUUUAACGUCUCCAAUCGAAUUUGGUGAUCUUUCCAAACUGGACCAACUGAACUGUCUUUCAUGCAAGAGAAUCAUUCCAACCCAUUUGGAUGGCAACAUGUUGCCAACAACCUUUACACUCAAACAAUGCAAGGCUAUCUACAUUAUCAGAAAUCCAAAAGACAUUGCUGUCUCCAUGUAUCAUUAUUACAGAGAGAACCCAAACCUUCCCACUAUAGAUUCUUGGCCUAAUUUCCUGGAGAGGUUCUUAAAAGGAGACGUUGUCUGUGGGUCCUGGUUCAAUCACAUCUUAAGCUGGGAGAAACACAGAGAUGACAAAAACACUCUGUUCUUGUACUAUGAAGACAUGAAAAGGGAUCUUCCUAAAGUUGUGAAGAAAGUGAGCUUUUUUCUGGGGCUCAACACCAGCGAGAGUGGGAUUGGUGAAAUCUGCAAGAAAUCAUCGUUCAGUGAGAUGAAAAGCAACACAGAGAAAGAAAACAGUGAUCCGAACCGUACGGUCUGCGCACUCACAUCCAAUCGGAAACUGAUAUUCCGAAAAGGUGCUGUCGGUGACUGGAAAAACCAUUUCACUCCCAAACAGAACCGGAUGUUUGAAGAGACGUUUAGCAAGAAAAUGAAAGUCAGCGAAGUGGCAAAACAUCUCGUUUAUGAGCUCUGAUUUAGAAGGCAGCCAUCAGGGUGACCAUAUAGAAAUGUGUUCACCAUGGGGCAAAGCAAAACUUUUCUCCCUAACACACUAACUUGCAAUGUGCUGGAAGAUUUAUCCAUGAGAGAGGUGCUGGGAGAGAAGAGUUUUCAUAUAUGCAGACACCUCCACCUGCAGUCCGUAAGCGGUACAGUCCAGGAUAACAUGGACCCACUUAAACCUGAUGAAUGUAUAAAUUAGUGCUUAAGAAUU